AGAAGGAAACCUGGCUCUUUGCAUGCAGGCGUUCGCGCGGCUUGGGAAGAGGCUGCCCUAUGACCCGGGCGGGAAAUUGGGGCGGUCACCUACGUGACAGUUCUCCAGUCACCUCUAAAAUGAGGGACACAGGCUAUCGAUGCCCCCACAACCCCUUUUACGGAUUAGUAAAUUCCGACGGGUCCUGCUCAAGGUCAAUGGGGCUGGUGGCCUGGAGGACUCAUUUAAGAAUCAUGUGUUGAGUACCUACUUUGAACAAAGGUGGUACCGUCUAUGCCCUGGUGACUGGGGGUGGACACAAACAUGUGACCAGGUGGCCUGGGAAGAGGAGAAACGCAGGGCACCGACCAUGAAGACUCUCAGGGCGCGAUUUAAGAAGACAGAGCUGCGGCUCAGCCCCACUGACCUUGGCUCCUGCCCGCCCUGCGGCCCCUGCCCCAUCCCGAAGCCGGCAGCCAGAGGCAGGCGCCAGAGUCAAGACUGGGGCAAGAGUGACGAGAGGCUGCUACAAGCUGUGGAAAACAACGAUGCACCUCGGGUGGCCACCCUCAUCGCCCGCAAGGGACUGGUGCCCACGAAGCUAGACCCCGAGGGCAAGUCCGCGUUCCACCUGGCAGCCAUGCGGGGUGCGGCCAGCUGUCUGGAGGUGAUGAUAGCUCAUGGUGCCAAUGUCAUGAGCACGGAUGGGGCAGGUUACAAUGCCCUCCACCUGGCCGCCAAAUACGGGCACCCACAGUGCUUGAAGCAACUACUGCAGGCUUCCUGCGUGGUGGACGUCGUGGACAACAGCGGGUGGACUGCCCUACACCAUGCAGUGGCUGGUGGCUGUCUCUCCUGUUCAGAGGUGCUGUGCUCCUUUAAGGCACAUCUAAACCCCCAAGAUCGGUCAGGCGCAACACCCCUCAUUAUAGCAGCUCAGAUGUGUCACACAGACCUGUGCCGUCUCCUGCUGCGGCAAGGAGCUGCCGCGAAUGAUCAGGACCUGCAAGGCAGGACGGCCCUGAUGCUGGCCUGUGAGGGGGCCAGCCCGGAAACAGUGGAAGUCCUGCUGCAGGGCGGAGCCCAGCCGGGCAUCACCGAUGCGCUGGGGCAGGACGCGGCUCACUAUGGCGCGCUGGCGGGGGACAAGCUCAUCCUGCACCUUCUGCAAGAGGCGGCCCAGCGCCCCUCCCCCCCCAGCGAGGAUGACUCAGGCGAGGCGUCAUCUCAGAACUCUAUGUCCAGCCAUGGAAAGCAGGGGGCUCCCAAGAAGCGGAAGGCGCCUCCACCUCCCGCCAGCAUCCCCAUGCCGGAUGAUCGAGAUGCCUAUGAGGAGAUCGUGAGGCUGCGCCAGGAGAGGGGCCGCCUCCUGCAGAAGAUCCGGGGCCUGGAACAGCACAAGGAACGGAGGCAGCAGGAGUCCCCGGAGGCCAGCUCCCUGCACAGCCUGGAGAGACAGGUGCAAGAGCUGCAGCAGCUGCUGGUGGAGAGACAGGAGGAGAAGGAGAGCCUGGGACGGGAGGUGGAGAGUUUGCAGAGCCGGCUGUCCCUGCUGGAGAACGAGCGGGAGAAUACUAGCUAUGAUGUGACCACUCUGCAGGAUGAGGAGGGUGAGCUGCCUGACUUUCCAGGGGCCGAGGCGCUGCUGUCCAGGCAACUCAGCCCAUCGGCCCAGGAACGCCUCGCCUCACUGCAGGAACAGGUGGCUGUGCUCACCAGACAGAACCAGGAACUGAUGGAGAAGGUCCAGAUCCUGGAGAACUUUGAGAAGGAUGAGACACAGAUGGAAGUGGAAGCUUCAGCAGAGGUCAUCCCUCUUGCCCUCUAUGACUCUCUCCGGGCCGAGUUUGACCAGCUGCGCAGGCAGCACACUGAGGCCCUGCAGGCACUGAGGCAGCAGGAGACACGAGAGGUCCCCAGAGAAGAGAGGGCGGCCUGUGGGGAGAGUGAAGGUGUUGGAGCCACAGCCACCAAAAACGGGCCAACCCACAUGGAGCUAAAUGGCUCAGUGGCUCCAGAAACCAAAAUUAAUGGAGCUGAGACCAUAGAUGAGAAGGCUGCAGGAGAUGAAACCACGGAAGCCAGGACUAUGGAAGCCACGUCCAUGGCAGCUGAGGCCACGGGAGCCACGGCCACAGAGACAAAACCCACAGGGGCUGAGGUCAGAGAAAUGGAGACUGUAGAAGAGGAAGCAAACAUGGAAACUAAGCCCACAGGAGUGGAGGCCAUGGGAGUGGAGGCCACAAAAACAAAAGCAGAGGAAGCAGAAGUGCUGGCCUGCGGAGCAGGUGCUGGGCAACCAGAGCCCCCAGUCACAGGGACCACAAACAUGGAGGCCACAGGCUUUAGGGCCACAGGGGUAGAAGCCACAGGAUUCAGUGCCACAGGUGUAGAGAACCCAGGGGUAGAGGCCAUGGCCCCGGGGGUCUCUGCUGGCCCUGUCCUACAUCCUGGUGCUGCAGAGGCCUCGGAAAAGCUUCAAGUAGAGCUGGAGACCAGGAUUCGCGGCUUGGAGGAGGCGCUCCGGCAGCGGGAGCGGGAGGCAGCUGCAGAGCUGGAGGCAGCCCUGGGGAAAUGCGAGGCCGCGGAAGCUGAGGCGGGCCGGCUGCGAGAGCGCGUCCGCGAGGCCGAGGGCAGCGGGGCCAGCGUGGAGAGGGGUGGCGGCGACACCGCACAGCUGCGGGCCGCCCUGGAGCAGGCCCGGGAGGAUCUCCGAGACCGGGACUCCCGCCUGCGGGAGCUGGAGGCGGCCUCGGCCUGCCUGGAUGAGGCUCGCGCCAGCCGGCUACUCGCCGAGGAGGAGGCCCGGGGCCUGCGGGCGGAGCUGGCCCAGCGGGAGGAGGCGCGGCUGGAGCAGAGCCGGGAGCUGGAGGUGCUGCGGGAGCAGCUGGCCACGGCCAAGGCCACGGGGGAGCAGCAGCGCACGGCGGCCGCGGAGCUGGGCCGGGCACGGGACGCGGCCGAAGCCCGAGUGGCUGAGCUGGCUGCGGCCUGCGAGGAGGCACGGCAGGGCCUGGCCGAGCUGCGGGAGGCCUCCGAGGCCCUCCGCCAGUCCGUGGUGCCGGCCACUGAGCACCGCCGGCUGCAGGAGGAGGCCCUGGAGCUGCGGGGCCGGGCGGCCAGUCUGGAGCAGGAGGUGGUGGCCACGGGCAAGGAGGCCGCCCGGCUGCGCGCGGAGCUGGAGCGGGAGCGUGUGUGCAGCGUGGCGCUCUCCGAGCACGAACGCAUCGUGGGCGCCCUGCAGGCUAACGUGGCACAGCUGGAGGGGCAGCUGGAGGAGCUGGGACGGCGGCAUGAGAAGACCAGCGCAGAGGUCUUCCAGGUGAGCAGGGCUGGCCCCCACCCGGCACCCCAGCGGCCACGUGGCGGCCUUUUUUUAGCCCCCUAUGAGCGAACCGGCCGCGAGGCCGCAGCUGGCGCCACUGCAGAGGCGCAGCUUACGGGCUACGGACCGGAGUUAGCUGGAUGUGUGACGUGUGCCGAAAGGGCUCGCCAGGCCCAGAGCCGGGCCCAGGAGGCUCUGGACAAGGCCAAGGAGAAGGACAAGAAGAUCACAGAACUCUCCAAAGAAGUCUUCAGUCUUAAGGAGGCCUUGAAGGAGCAGCCGGCCGCCCUGGCCACCCCCGAGGUGGAGGCCCUCCGUGACCAGGUGAAGGAUUUACAGCAGCAGCUGCAGGAAGCUGCCAGGGACCACUCCAGCGUGGUGGCUUUGUACAGAAGCCACCUCCUCUAUGCCAUUCAGGGCCAGAUGGAUGAAGAUGUGCAGCAGAUUCUCAGCCAGAUUCUACAGAUGCAGAGACUCCAGGCUCAGGGCCGCUGAGAAAGGCCAGGCCCAGUGGCUACACUGACCACACCCACGCAGGGGCCUCACGCCCCUGCAGGCCCCUUGCAGACCGGCUUCACUUGGCCCCAUCCGGACCCAUGCACUUGGAGACCAGCCUGGGUCCCUGCCCGACCGUCCUCAGCUGGCUCCAUCGCCCCACCUGGUCUCUGCAAGCAGGCACUGGUCAGUCUGGACCCGGGGCGUGACUGCCCCUCCCCCACCACCGGAGAAUCUGAGAGUCCCUGUGUCCUCCACAUCCAGACGCCAGCCCAGGAAUAAAGGCAUUCUGUGCACAGGA